UUUUUAAAAAAUCAUAAUCCAAACCCCCGGCGUAAGUGCCAUCUGCUAACAGUGCCCUCUUGCGAGAAUCCUGCCCACUGCACACAGCAGGGUGCCUGCGCGGGACAGCCCGUUUCUGCGCGGUUCUGCGCAUCCCGCUGGGCCACAAGCCACAAACUUUUUGUCCGGAUUGCCGCGGGAGUAGCUGGUACGGCCGGGCGGAAUUCGCCCCGUUUUUCCUCACAGUUCCGCGCCCACAGCCCGGGCGGCAUGGCUGGCUCCUUCGGCGCACACACGGCCCUGUUGGCGGCGGGGAUGCUGGCGGUUUGGGCGGCGGGGACAGCGCAAGGUUCUCAGGGUUUGGGGUCGUCCCCAGCAGCACCGACAGACUUGUUAGCGGAUCCAACAGGGUUGCCCCCAGCAGCAGCCACAGAUCACCCCACCAGCAGGAUAGGUGGACAAUUGUACCUGCAGCUAGUCGAGCCCAUGCACAACGUGACGAUAGGAAUGGGCGACCGCGCCGUGCUGCGCUGUAAAGUCGAGGGGGUUCCGGCGCCGAACUUCCGCUGGUACAAAAACGACGCGCCGCUGACCUCUGAGCGACGGAGGAUACAGAUCCGGAACUACAGCUGGGGGUCAAGGUUACGGAUUAAGAAGGUCGACACGCACGACACGGGUUACUACCGCUGUGUCGCCACCAACGGGCAGGACAGGGUCUCCACACAGGCCAUACUCUACGUCAGAUACAUGGCAGCAAACCCCUCCGGAUCGCUGCGGUUGGUACAGCCCAUGAACAAUGAGACGGUCCAAGUGGGGAACAGGGCCAGUCUCAAUUGCAAAGUAGAGGGGCUGCCCACCCCCGUCUUUAGAUGGUACCGAAACGAUGCCCCUCUCUCCGCCGAAAAAAACUUGCGGAUAGACAUUAGAAAUUAUGAGUGGGGCUCGCGGCUGAGAAUAAGGCAUGUGGAAACGCAGGACACUGGGUAUUACCGCUGUGUGGCCAGCACCGAGCACCAGUCCAUAGCAACUACCGGUAUUCUCUAUGUAAAGUACAUGGACGAUUCCCACACGCCUGCCAUGUCAGACAGGGACAUGGGUGGUUACUGCCAGCAGUACCGCGGAGCUGCCUGUCGCAAGUUCAUCGGGAACGCAACGAUUUACAUGGACACUCUCCGGGCGCAGGGCAUCAUCGAGAACCAGCUGACGGCAGCGUUCACGGUGAUCGGCACCUCGAGCGACCUGACGAAGCGGUGCGCGGACUACGCCAUCCCCUCGCUGUGCCACUACGCCUUCAAGUACUGCGACGCGCACUUCCCGUACCCGCAGCCGCGCCAGCUGUGCCGCGACGAGUGCGAGAUCCUGGAGAACGACAUCUGCAGGACGGAGUACAUCUUGGCCAAGACGCACCACCUCAUCGGCGAGUGGAUCCUUCCCGACUGCUCCGAGCUGCCGCUCAUCGGGACUCCCGAGUCUUCUAACUGCAUCCGCAUAGGGAUUCCCACCAUGAACCACAUCAACCGCAGUCACACGUGUUACGAGGGGAAGGGCAGCGGUUACCGGGGAACGGUUGCCGUGACAAAGUCGGGGAUUCCGUGCCAGGCGUGGAACAAGGAGACCCCCCACGUCCACUUCCUGCGGGCCUCGCAGUUCCCCGAGCUCGCCGGCGGCCACAACUACUGCCGUAACCCCGGCAACGAGAUGGACGCGCCCUUCUGCUUCACCACGGACGAGGGGACGCGAGCCGAGGAGUGCGACAUCCCCAAGUGUGUGCGUUACCUCCCCGGCCGGCUGAACCGGCUGAACAACGUGACGGUUCCGGAGGGCGGUUCGGCCACGUUUGUGUGCACGGUGCGCCGCGUGGACGGGGUCCCCACCCCCGCCUUUAGCUGGUACAAGAACGACGUUCCCGUGUUUGAGUCGCUAAACCCGCGGGUACAAAUGAGACAUUACAGGUGGGAAUCGCGGCUGGUGCUCCAACACGUGAUCACGGACGACACCGGAUACUACCGGUGCGUGGCGAAUAACGGCGUGGAGGCCGUCGGAACGACCGGGGUUCUGUUCGUGAAGUACGGUUACGCUGACAGCGAGAUGCCGGAGGGCGGGACCGACCAGAUCAUGAGCCUGAUCAUCAUCCUGGUACCCAGCAUCUCCGUACCUCUCAUCAUCGCCCUCAUCUUCUUCAUCUACUGCACCUGCCGUCGCCAUGGUGACGCCCAUGGCAACGGAACACACGUGAUGAAGGGCACGGCGAGCGAGACCAUCCCGCUGCAGAACCUGUUCGCUAAGCACGUGCCGCGCUGCCCGCAGUUCCCGAUCGGCGCGGUGCGCUUCCUCACCGAGCUGGGAGAGGGCGCUUUUGGCAAGGUGUACAAAGGUGAGCUGGUGGUCACGGGGUCAGGCGAGGACGCCAAGAAGAUCCUGGUGGCCAUCAAGACGCUGAAGGAGAACGCGACCUUGAAGACGCAGCACGAUUUCCACCGCGAGGUCGACAUGUUGGCUGACCUGCGUCACCAGAACAUUGUGUGCCUGCUGGGGGUGGUGAUGCGGGACCAGCCCAUGUGCAUGCUGUUCGAGUACAUGCGCUACGGAGACUUACACGAGUUCCUGGUAAUGCGAUCCCCGCACUCCGACGUCGGGGGCAGCUCGGAUGACGCGGGGUCGCACUCGUCGCUGGACCACACGGACUUCCUCUGCAUCGCUAACCAGAUCGCGGGCGGGAUGGAUUAUCUCGCCUCCAAACACUUCUGCCACCGCGACCUGGCCGCACGAAACUGCCUCGUCGGCGACAACCUGCUCAUCAAGAUAUCCGAUUUCGGCCUCUCCCGUGAUAUCUACUCCUCGGAUUACUACCGCGUGCAGUCCAAGUCGCUCCUGCCGGUUCGCUGGAUGCCGCCGGAAGCCAUCAUGUACGGGAAGUUUUCCACGGACAGCGACGUUUGGUCGUUCGGCGUGGUUCUGUGGGAGAUCUUCAGCUACGGACUCCAGCCGUACUACGGGUACAGCAACCAGGAGGUUAUCGAGAUGAUCCGGUCGCGCCAGCUGCUGCCGUGCCCCGACAACUGCCCGGCGCGGAUGUACUCCCUGAUGCUGGAGUGCUGGAACGAGAUCCCGGCGCGCAGACCGAGCUUUAACCAGAUCCACACCCGGUUACGGGCGUGGGAGGGCAUGGCGCACUCCGGGAGCCACAGCAGCGGGAGCAACCACUCCAACGCCAACGUACAGGGGGCCCCCUCAUCCGCCUCUCAAUCCCCAGUACACACCCCCAAGCACUUCCCCAACCCCCCCUUCAACCCCCCCUCCUCCCAAUCAGCCUUCAACCCCCCCUACCACAGACACACGCCCCCCAUCCCCAACGGCUAUCCCCCCCACAGUACCCCGGCAAAUGGAAUGGUCCACAAUGGGGGGGUUCCAAAUGGAAGCAUUCCAAACGGCGGGUACCAUGGUAACGGGAAGGUCGGCAACGGGAUCCACAAACUUCCGCCGGGCGUGCUGCAAAGCGACGCCUGAUAGGUCAAAGGUCAAACCAAGGACACUCAGUAAAGGUCAAACUACAGACUUUCUGGAGGAUUCAAACUUAGGACCUGAAGAUUUAAAGUAAGGACUGGAAGGUUCAAACUAAGGACAUUUUGAAGGGUAAGACUCAAACUGAGGAUCUUCUGUGCAUAAGAAUUCAUGAAGUGUAAGAUGUAAAACAAGGACCUUAGAUCCAAGCUAAUGACCUACUGAGGGGUCAGAGUCAGACUUGGCCGCACAAAAUCAACUGUUUGUUUCUCAGACAAAUAGCAAA